AAUCGACCUGAGAGGAAUGACGAUCGCGUUGAAUCCCAACCAAAUCGGGAAUAUUCUAUUUAUAAGGCUGUUGGUCGUCCAUUUGGUAAGAAAUCAAAUAUGCUCCUCAAUCCGCAGUUAAAGCAAAAGGCUGAGUGGUAUAUCUUGAACAAUUGUGCCGAAAUUAAGGAGUACCUUAGUGAGCAUAUGGAUGAAUUAAGAAGACGGGGGGGCUUGAAUCUUGAAGUUCAACAAAAAACUGAUUUUCCUCAGUGGUUCAAAGAAAGAGUGAACGGUUUGCAUGAGUCAACACCUACUGAAGUGAAUAAUGAAUUGUAUGCUCUCGCAAACAAAUCAAGCGGCACCGUGUAUUCAUAUCCAGGGAUGAUAGUGAAUGGUGUGAAAUUUGUGACUCGUGGUCGUGAUAUGAAGCUUAAAACACAAAAUUGCGGUGUAAUGGUGCCAAGUGAGGAAGGAGUGAACUACUAUGGAGCAAUAGCUAUGGCGGAGGGAAGGUUCUUGGCAUCUUGGGAAUGUGUAUUGAGGGAGAAUGACAUCGAUGGACUGCGUAAAUGA